AUGGACUCUCUGGCCAUAGACCAAGACCUGAGGGCUGACAUGGGAACAAACAUUAGGGAGAUUGUCCAGGAUGGUCUAGCCCAGGCACUCGAGUCCCACUCCAGCCCAGAUGUCGAAAGCUAUCCUGACACCCUCCUGUUGCCUGCGCACAUAAGUGCCCCAGGCCUGAGUCAGUGCAUGCUGGGAUUUAUGUCGUGGUUCACCUGCAUGGCCUGCUUUCUGAGGACCCGGGCCUAUGGAGUCCUGUUCAACACCUGCAGAUGUAAGAUGUUCUUCCAGAAAUUCACAGAGAAGACAAGCAUUCUGCUCCUCUGUGUAUUCGGAUUUUGGAUGCUUUCUAUGCACUUGCCAUCAAAGAUGGAAGUCUGGCAGGAUGACAACAUAAAUGGUCCACUGCAAACCUUGAGGAUAUACCAGGAAAAGGUACGACAUCACUCUGGAGAAAUCCAAGACCUCCGAGGUAGCAUGAACCAGCUCAUUGCCAAGCUCCAGGAGAUGGAAGCAAUGUCAGAUGAGAAAAGAAUGGCCCAGAAAAUAAUGAGGAUUGUUCAAGGAGAUUACAUUGAAAAGCCAGACUUUGCCCUGAAGUCGAUAGGGGCCACCAUCGAUCAUGAUCACACAUCAGACACGUACAACCACGAUAAGGCCCGCUCCUACUGGAACUGGAUCCGACUUUGGAACUAUGCACAACCCCCGGAUGUGAUCCUGGAGCCUAAUGUGACCCCUGGCAAUUGCUGGGCCUUCGUGGGUGAUCGCGGCCAGGUGACCAUUCGACUGGCCCAGAAGGUCUACCUGUCCAACAUCACACUGCAGCAUAUUCCCAUAACCAUCUCCCUGUCAGGCAGCCUGGACACCGCACCCAAGGACUUUGUCAUCUAUGGCAUGGAAGACACUCUCAAGGAGGAGGUGUUCCUGGGCGCAUUCCAGUUCCAGCCAGAAAACACUAUUCAGACGUUCCCGCUCCAGAACCAGCCCCUCCGAGCCUUUGGCUCCGUCAAAGUAAAGAUUUCAAGCAACUGGGGGAACCCACGCUUUACCUGCCUGUACCGAGUGCGAGUCCACGGUUCUGUGACCCUCCCCAAAAAUGAGCCUAACUAG